UCAGCACAGUGCAACCUUAGGGGCCACUCCCCAUUCCUCAGCAGGUGCAGGUGAUUUCCUCGUAAACCAGGAAGCUUCACAACAUCAUUUUCAGCCAUUCCUCUCAGACCUGCUUGCUCCUCUGCGGUCAAAGAUCUCUGCUGUCCCACAGUGGGACCAUUAAUACCACUGUGCUCCAUGGCACAAUGAGGGCAGCAGGAGAGCCUCCUACUAAGUAAGUGAGUGGCUGUGAUUGAAGAGAAGAAUCCAUCAUGGGGACUGACGAGAAGUUGACUUCGUGCUGGGAGAGAGUUGUUUCGUGCUGUUGUUGCUGCUGUAACGCCUCCAAGCAGGAGCAGGACCGCCGUCUGGACACUAAAGAUGUCAGGAUCAUUACGAACCCAGCGGUGGCAGAUAAGGGGGAAUUUGAUACAAACAGACCCUUACCUUCACCCCCGGGGUUCAAAAUGCCAGAUAGGGAACGCUACAUUGCCCUGUUUGAUUACUCUGCUCGUACUGCGGAUGAUCUGAACUUUAACACCGGAGAUAUUCUGGAGGUCCUGGACUCCAGGGCCGGGGAGUGGUGGCUCGCCAUAGCCAUCACCGGGAUCUCAGUCAACAAAAGAGGAUACAUCCCUGCCAACUAUGUGGCCCUUCUGGAGAGCAUUGAUGCUGAGCCAUGGUAUUUUCCGGGCAUGAAGCGGCAGGAUGCAGAGAAGUUGCUGCUGGCCGAAGGGAAUGAGGAAGGUUCAUUCCUAGUUAGAAACUCUGAAAGUCUGAAAGGAGAGCUCUCCCUCUCAGUUUUGCAUGAAAAAAGGGUAAAACAUUACAAGCUUCAAAAACUGGAUAAUGGUCACUACUACAUUUCUAAGACCAAAUCCUUCCCAACACUGAAGGAGCUGGUGGAAUAUUACUCCAGACAGCCUGAUGGGCUCUGUGUGAGUCUGGGCAAACCAUGCAGAAAGAUAGAGGCUCCACAGACCUAUGGUCUCUCCUACAACACAGUGGAUCAGUGGGAGAUUCCUCGCAAUUCUAUCAAACUACUGACCAUGCUGGGAGCUGGACAGUUUGGAGAAGUCUAUGAGGGGGUGUGGAAUGAAACCACGUCAGUCGCUGUGAAGACCCUCAAACCUGGCACAAUGGACCCUACAGAAUUUCUGGGAGAGGCUCAGCUCAUGAAGAGGCUGCGGCACCCCAAGCUGAUCCAGCUGUACGCUGUGUGUACCAUGGAGGAUCCCAUCUACAUCAUCACAGAGCUGAUGAAGAACGGCAGCUUGCUGGAGUACCUUCGAAAGGAUAAAGGUGCCAUCCUGCGUAUCACGGACCAAAUUGAAAUGGCAGCCCAGGUGGCGUCCGGCAUGGCUUACUUGGAGCAGCAGAACUACAUCCAUAGAGACCUCGCUGCCAGGAACGUACUGGUGGGCGAAAACAACAUCUGCAAAGUGGCAGAUUUCGGCCUGGCCAGGGUUUUUAUGAAAGAAAAUGAAAAUGUGUAUGAGGCCAAAGAAGGGGGUAAAUUUCCUGUAAAGUGGACUGCUCCAGAGGGUAUCCAUGAUAACAAGUUCACCAUCAAAUCAGAUGUUUGGUCCUUUGGAGUCUUACUGUAUGAGAUCAUGACAUUUGGAAAGAUGCCUUACCCAACCAUGACAAACAUGCAGACGGUCCAGUGGCUUGCGAAGGGCCACCGGAUGUCCUGCCCCCUCAGCUGCCCGAAACCACUGCACGCCAUCAUGAUGGACUGUUGGAAGGACAACGACCAGGAGCGGCCCACGUUUGAGACGCUGCAGUGGCAGCUGGAGGAUUUCUUUGACAUGGAUGUCACCUCCUAUGUUGACAGUGCUCGCUAUUAGAACAAAAAGCUCAUGUUGUCUGUUAACGAAAGAUGAAAAAAAAAACUUGUAAAUCAAAUUCACUCAAUUCAGCAACAAUUCAAACAUGACAGAAAAUCCCACCUAAUCUGGUCUGAUGAAGGAUUUAAAGCCCUGUAGCUAACAGUAUAGAUUUGGAACUAGAGCAACACUCUUCUUCACUUGUUUGAAUGCACUUCCAGAUGGGAAGCUUAUCCGCUUAGCCUGAUUCACAUUUGACUGGUAGAAGCGUCAUUCAGAAUAGCUAUCCAUUGAUCUGGAGCAUCCGGUUCUGCUGGUUUCAUCCACGCCACGCAUUCUUUCCACCUGCUACCAGAGGUUACUUGGGAUGACCUGAGUCAGAACCACCUGAAAGUUCUGUUUGUUUUAAGUCUUUGACUUGUGGUGUUUUUAACAGAUGGUUUGCCAUCAUUUGCAGAAACGUUUAGUCAGGCCAAAACAGAGAUUUAUAUGUAAUGUUGUUAAUUAGGAUUCACCAUGUUGUUUUUCUACUCUUUAGUUGUGGAUCAUCUGACUCUUCUUCUGUUGCUCCUUGCUGAUUUACCCCAUUCUUAGAAGAAAUGUUUAGUCACUUGAAAGACCAAGUUGUCUGUGUUUACACUGUAUCCCUGCUUCAUAAUGUCUCAACAAUGACUGAGCAAAUUCUUUUCACAUGUAAAGAUUCUCGGUUGCUCUCGGACCUGUUGGCAGGGAGGGAUUCCAGACUCGUUCUCUGAACAAGUAGAUCCUGUUUGAUGAUGUCACAGCCUGAGGCUUUUAGAGUUCUAAACAGAAUCCUGUUAUUUGUCUGUACUCACCUCUGAAAGAAUGUUCCUGUAUUUUAACUUAAUUAACCUUUAUGCAUUCCAUAAUUAAACAAACUCUAUUUAUGA